AUGGAGCAACUAAUAGUUUUCCAUCAACUCUCCUUGCGAGAAUAUCGCUUCUUUGUAAUAGCAGAUUUGCAGCUAAGGUUGGGUCAUGGACUGACAUCCAUUCGAUCAACAACAAUAGAUUGUUCCGAUUUUGGCAACUUUGUUGGAGUUAUGUUUGAGCUUAUCUCCGGAUUAAUUGCCCUUCGACUCCAGUUGCUGGUUGAACUUCCGACUAUCAUGUCAAUGAUAAUGUCGCUAAUCAUAACCUGUGGAUCAAGAAACUCGCAGUUUGCUAUUGUUGAGGUUACAUUUUCACCUUUGAAGACAAAUGAUGUUUGA